UUUGAAUCUAGUGCGCUCCAACGUUCGAAUAACCAAGGAUCCUCGUGAUUCAUCAAACGGUCACAAUUUCACCAUGUGAACUUCUUUAAAUUAAUCCAAAUUUCUUACAACCUUUGUGUUUUUUUCUUUUCCUUUCUAACUAUAAAUAAGAGACUGCACAAAUCACUAUCUUGCAUGCAGAAAAUUUCCAACAGAAUCAUAAUUUUCAGACAACACAAACACACUUCAUCAUCAUCAUAUCUUACCUUAGAAUAAAUCAAUGUCGGAUUGAUCCCAACUUCAGAGAAGAAGAAAAAAACUUAUUUUGAUCAAGACACACUUCUCAAAAUGCAAUUUUUCACAUGGGUUUUAAACCUUGUUCUGAUAUUUUCAAUACUCAGUAACUUCUUCUCAGAAAGUGCUUCAUCACCAAAACCUCCAAUUUGUUCAGAACAAGAUAGAGCUUCUCUUCUCACCUUUAAAGCAAGCAUUUUCAAGGACACAACAGAUACCUUAUCUUCGUGGAUAAGCCGCGACUGCUGCGACGGAGGAUGGGAAGGAGUUCAAUGUGAUGCAUCCACUGGUAGAGUUAAUAUGUUGCAGAUACAAAGUCCUGAUGUUAAAGAUAGUGGGAGUUUUAUGAAGGGUACUCUUUCUCCAGCACUUGGUAAUUUGCAUUUCUUAGAGGUAAUAAUGAUAAGUGGAAUGAAGCAUAUUACAGGACCAAUUCCUUCAAGCUUCUCGAAUUUAACUAACCUUAAACAUCUUGUUCUUGAAGAUAAUUCACUUGGAGGGUGCAUUCCUCCAAGCUUAGGUUUUUUGCCUUUGCUUGAAACCCUUUCAUUGAGUGGUAACCAUUUGAAAGGACAGAUCCCUCCAACAUUAGGGAAUCUGAAAAACCUUGUUCAAGUUACUGUGGCGAGAAAUUUUCUAUCAGGUUCUAUUCCGCUCAGUUUCAAAAACCUUAGAAAUUUGAAUUAUCUUGAUCUCAGUUACAAUUUGUUAUCAGGGCCUAUCCCGGAUUUUGUUGGGGAGUUUCGAAACUUGACUAAUCUAGACCUGUCUUAUAACCUACUAACAGGAAAUAUUCCGAUUUCGAUGUUCAGUCUUGUGAAUCUUGUAGACUUGUCUAUGAGCUAUAACAAGCUCACAGGAAACAUUCCGGAUCAAAUAGGAAACCUGAAAUCACUGACAAGUCUUCAACUUAGUGGCAAUCAGCUAACAGGACACUUUCCACUAUCCAUAUCGAAAUUGCAGAAACUUUGGUACCUUAAUGUAUCGAGAAAUGGACUCUCGGAUCCCUUACCUGCGAUUCCUGUCAAGGGCAUUCCUUCCCUUUUGUCCAUAGACCUGUCUUAUAAUAUUCUCAGCCUUGGAAGUGUUCCUGAUUGGAUCAGAAGCAAGGAACUUAGAGAUGUACACCUAGCCGGGUGUAAAUUGAAGGGUGAUCUUCCGCGUUUUGUCAGACCCGACACUUUGAGCUCUAUAGACCUAUCAGACAACUUUCUGGUUGCUGGUAUCUCAAACUUCUUCACAAAUAUGUCCAGUUUGCAAGAUGUCAAGCUCUCAAACAACCAGUUGAGGUUUGACAUUUCUAAGAUAAAAUUGCCGUCUGGGUUGGCUUCAAUAGAUUUGCAUGCAAAUCAUUUGAUAGGUUCACUGUCGUCAUUCAUAAAUAACAUGACAAGCAGCUCUUUGGAGGUAAUUGAUGUCUCAGACAAUUUCAUUUCUGGUCACAUUCCAGAAUUUGUAGAAGGUUCAAGUUUGAAGGUGCUAAACUUGGGAAGCAACAAUCUAUCAGGUUCAAUCCCAGUUUCUAUUUCAAAUUUGGUAGAACUCGAAAGAUUGGACAUCUCAAGAAAUAACAUACUGGGAAACAUCCCUUCAAGUCUAGGUCAGUUGCAGAACCUACAAUGGCUUGAUGUAUCUAUAAAUGGAAUAACAGGACAAAUACCAGGUAGCUUUUCACAGAUCACUAGUCUCAAGCAUGCAAAUUUCAGGACAAACAGGCUGUGUGGAGAAAUUCCACAGACUAGACCUUUCAACAUCUUUCCACAAGCAGCCUAUGCCCACAAUUUGUGCUUAUGUGGUAAACCCUUGCAGCCAUGCAAGGGAUAGGUAUAAGGGACAACGGGUCAGCAAGAUGCUGACUAAAUUAUCAUAGAUAUUUUCAUGCCUUAUGACCAUUAUUACACGAGAUAGAUUAGGCUCCAACUUUAUUUAAAUCUUUCAUUUCCAGGUUGAGCAUCACAAUGCUUAUUGUUUAGUUCAAUUUCCAAUUCAAUAUUGUUUUUCAAUAAACUAUGUAUUCAUUUUUACAUCAUACUUCAGAUUUGAAGCAAAAGAUAGUACAGCUUAUGUUUUUA